AUGAACGACUUACAUCGAUUUUCUUGUGCCAAGGCUAUGUUGAGUCAUUGCCUAGGUCUCUUAAAUGUUUAUCAUGUUCCAAACGGCGUGUUAAAGGCGUCAAAAACAACACUCGCCGCAAUUGGCAAAACAGCCCUCGUCCGUCUCCGCAAUCUGGAGUGCACCAACCCAACAGGCUCUCACAAAGACCGCAGGGCCGCCGCCAUCAUCCAAGAGGCCGAGAAGAGGGGCACCCUCAAGCUGGGAAUGAAGGCCGUCGAGGCCACCGGUGGGAGCACGGGGUUCUCGCUCGCCUUUGUCUGCGCGGUCAAGGGCUACAAGUUUCAACCGGCUAGCUCCAACGCUUUCGCGGUCGAGAAGCUCAAGACUAUGGCGGCGUUUGGGGCCAAAUUUGAUAUUGUCGAUAGUCCGACGGGAAGGAUUACGGCUGAUUUGAUUCCUUCUAUGAUUCGGCGCGCGAAGGAGGUUGCGGGGGAGGGGAAUGUGUAUUCGACGGAUCAGUUCAAUAACCGGGACGCGUUGGUCGGAUACGAGGCUUUGGGUCGUGAGAUCGUUGAGCAAGUUCCAGAGGGUGUCGACGUCUUUUGCGCUGCUGUUGGUACCACUGGGUUACCGAUGGGCGUCUCGGCAGUCCUGAAGGCCGCCAGGUCAGAGACGCGGGUGGUCGUACUGGAGCCCGCGUCGACACCUGUCAUAACAGGAGGUCAAGCUGGGUCUCAUGGUGUCGAGGGAAUUGGCAUCGGCUUCGUCCCGCCGCUUUUGGAUACGAAGCUGUAUGAUGAGGCGCGGGCUGCAUUUUUUGCCGGUGUAUCUACGGGACUGAAUGUGGUUGCUGCGAUUCGUUUGGCGGGGGAGAUGGGGGCUGGCAAGAGGGUUGUUACAAUCGCGUGUGACUCAGGUUUGAAGUACUUGAAUGGGGACCUGUUCUCUACUCCCAAGUAG